CCUAACCAAAACCAUGGCGUGCUCCCUCUUCCUUUUCUACCCUAUUCCUCUUCUUGUUUCCAGCGAGGUGCCGGCGAUUCGGGUUGGCGAGGAAGCGGCGCGGUUACGAAUCGGAUAUUGUUAAGGUAACUUCAUACCUCUAUUCGAAAUCGAAACCUCUUUCCUCUUUCUUUUGUUGCCGCCGCUAUGGAUUUAGACCCCGAAGGUAUCUUCCGCGACGACUCCGACUCUGACUCAGACUUACUCCAUCAGAGGGAGUCCACGAAAGAAUUCUCUGUCUACCUCGUUGACGCGUCUCCCAAGAUGUUUCGUGCGGUCGGAACAACUGAAGAAGAUGAAAAGGAGGAAACUUUUUUUCAUGCUGCCGUCCAAUGCAUCUCUGAAUCUCUCAAGGCUCAAAUCAUCGGCAGAUCGUCCGAUGAAAUUUCGAUCUGUUUCUUCAACACUAGGGAGAAGAAAAACAUUCAGGAUCUACAUGGCGUUUUUGUGUUCAACGUUGCGGAAAGAGAGCUUCUUGAUAGACCCACAGCAAGAUUAAUCAAAGAAUUCAGCAGCAUUGAAGAUAGUUUUAUGCAUCAUAUAGGCAGUCGAUAUUGGAUUGAGCCUGCAUCAAGGGAGAAUCCCUUGUACAACGCUCUUUGGGUUGCACAGGCGUUGCUGAGGAAAGGUUCUUUAAAAAAUGUGAGCAUGAGAAUACUCAUUUUCACAAACGAAGACAAUCCUUUUGGAAACAUUUAUGGAUCAGUGAAGGCAGACAUGAUCAGAACUACACUACAGCGUGCAAAAGAUGCUCAGGAACUUGGAAUCUCCAUGGAGCUUCUUCCAUUAGGCGGCAAAGAAUUUGAUGUCUCAAUCUUAUAUGCCAAUUUGCUUGGUCUGGAAAGCGAAGAGAUGCCUCUCUUUCUGAGCUCUGCCGAUGAAAAAUUAGAAGAUAUGGCGAAUCAGCUGCGAAAAAGGAUAUUUUCGAAGAGGAAGGUUAAAACAAUUAUGUUUAAGAUAGCCAGUGGUGUUAGUGUACAAGUGAAUGCGUACGCAUUGAUAAGACCUUCCACGCCUGGGCCUAUUAUGUGGUUGGAUUCUGUCACUAGUCGCCCUUUGAAGACUGAGAGAACGUUCAUUUGUGCUGACACAGGCGCU